ACGCACGCGCGGCGCCCACAUCCGGCGGCGCGGCGUCGGACGCUGCGGAGGAUCGAGAAGGAUCUGGAAGAAUCCGGAGCGCCCCGAGCGCCAGAGCCCGAACCAGCCGCCGUCUCUAGAAAGUUCUCCCCCCACGUCUUUCGCGGCCGCCCGGCUCCUCCCAGCCCCUCCCUCUGCGGCGGUGGGACCAAUCGCUCCCCCGGCCGCCCACGACCCACCUCCUGCGCCUGCCCGCGCCGGAGCAGAGGUGCGCGAGCCCCGGCCGGCCGCCCGCACAGCCGCGCACUGACCGGCGCCCGCUGCCCGAGGAACGGCACGAUGACCGCCGAGGAGACGAAGGCUGCAGAGAGCGGAGCGCAGUCGGCGCCGCUGCCCCUCGAGGGGGUGGACAUCAGCCCCAAGCAGGAUGAGGGCGUGCUUAAGGUCAUCAAGCGAGAGGGCACAGGCACGGAGAUGCCCAUGAUCGGGGACCGAGUCUCUGUCCACUACACGGGCUGGCUGCUUGAUGGCACCAAGUUUGACUCCAGCCUGGACCGCAAGGACAGAUUCUCCUUCGACCUGGGGAAAGGGGAGGUCAUCAAGGCUUGGGAUAUUGCUGUAGCGACCAUGAAGGUGGGGGAAGUGUGCCACAUCACCUGCAAGCCAGAAUAUGCCUAUGGUUCGGCGGGCAGCCCUCCCAAGAUCCCUCCCAACGCCACGCUUGUGUUCGAGGUGGAGUUGUUUGAGUUCAAGGGAGAGGACCUGACGGACGAAGAAGACGGCGGAAUCAUCAGGAGAAUCCGGGCUCGGGGGGAAGGCCACGCCAAGCCCAACGAUGGCGCCCUCGUGGAGGUUGCGCUGGAAGGGUACUACAAGGACCAGAUCUUUGACCGCCGGGAGCUCCGCUUUGAGGUCGGCGAGGGGGAGAGCAUGGAUCUGCCUUGUGGGCUGGAGAAAGCCAUUCAGCGCAUGGAAAAAGGAGAACAUUCCAUCGUGUAUCUCAAGCCCAGCUAUGCUUUUGGCAGUGUUGGGAAGGAAAAGUUCCAGAUCCCACCAAAUGCUGAGCUGAAGUAUGAAGUACAGCUCAAGAGUUUUGAGAAGGCCAAGGAGUCCUGGGAGAUGAGUUCAGAGGAGAAGCUGGAGCAGAGCACUAUAGUGAAGGAGCGGGGCACCAUGUACUUCAAGGAAGGCAAGUACAAGCAAGCUCUGCUGCAGUACAAGAAGACCGUGUCCUGGCUGGAAUUCGAGUCGAGUUUCUCUAAUGAGGACGCACAGAAGGCGCAGGCCCUUCGGCUGGCCUCCCACCUCAACCUGGCCAUGUGUCAUCUGAAGCUGCAAGCCUUCUCGGCUGCCAUUGAAAACUGUAAUAAGGCCCUGGAACUGGACAGCAGCAACGAGAAGGGCCUUUUCCGCCGGGGAGAGGCCCACCUGGCGGUGAACGACUUUGACUUGGCACGGGCUGAUUUCCAGAAGCUCCUGCAGCUCUACCCCAGCAACAAAGCCGCCAAGGCCCAGCUGGCCGUCUGCCAGCAGCGGAUCCGCAAGCAGCUCGAACGGGAGAAGAAGCUCUACGCCAACAUGUUUGAGAGGCUGGCUGGGGAGGAGAGCAAGGCCAAGGCCACGGUCGCUGCGGGAGAGCAGCCCGCUGACGCGGAGAUGAAGGAGAUGAAGGACGAGCAGAACAACGUGGCAGGGGCCCAGCCUCAGGUGGAGGCGGAAGCCUAGCCCCGCCCAGCCCUGCCCCCGGCUGCCUGCCCCCGCCUCCCUGCCCUACUCCACCCUGUUAGUUUUGUAAAAACUGAAGAACUUUGAGUGAAUUAGACCUUUAUUUUUCUAUCGGGUUCGAUGGUGGCUUUGAGGGAAGGGGGAAAGGAGCAGGCUGGGGGAUGGAGGUCGGGGGGUCAUUUUAGGUGGUGUCACCCCCCUUCCUUCCCCCAGUCCACGUGAACGAAUGUCCCUCCACACGCACACUCACGAGAACGUUAUUUAUUUUGCUUCCUCUGUCUUCUCUGUCCGUCUUUCAGGUGGUAGAAGGGGGCGCGCGGUAGGGAUGUGAGGUCUGACGAGGCCGGGUGGAGGGGGGACCCCUGGACAGCCCCUCCCCUCCCGGUUCCUCCUCACGGACGUGGGUGCUAGGGGCAUGGGAAGCACUGCUGUGCCCGGUACCUCUCUCUCCUUUCCUCGCCCCAGGUGGUGUGGCUGCUACUGCCUUCUGGUGUCAUGGUGACCACCCCUGUGCCCCCUCCCGUCAGUGUCCCUUCUCAGCCAGGCGUGUCCCACCCCCUCAGCCUCUUCCCUGCACUUGCUGAAGGUACAGGCUCGCCUCAAGUUCUGUGCUUGAGCAAUAAAGUGGAAACAAUAAAA